CGGUGGCACCGGUUGCUCAACCGGUGAAUUAAAAAAUACACCAUAUUUUUCUUUUUCGUAUCACAUCUGUCAAAGUGUCAAAUAAUGUUCUUUGUUCUAUGAGAUUAUAGGUUAAUUUGAAAUUUUAAUCUUUUAAUGAUUUAUCUUGGACUUCUUCAAGAAAAAUGAAUAAUAUAACUAGAAUAUUACGGUCCAGUACUGCUAGAGGGAUACUUUUCAAUGCCAAUAGAUAUCUGCACAUUGAUCUAAUUUCUAAAAAUAAUGUAAUUCCACUGGUAGUGCAAGCACAGCAAGAGAAAAAUCCAUGGAUUUGGCAACAAAAUGACAAGAUCAAAGUACCGGUUAUACAAAAAAUUAACAGGAUCGAUCUACCAAAUGGCUUAACAUGGGUUCCCCCUGAAUUAAAUGACCCUUGUGAUAAUUUUUCUAAAUCUAUUGAGGCACCUGCAGUGCCAAGUAAUAACAUACCAAAAGAGGCUAUUAGAAUAAUCGUGAUCAGGAGGAAGAAAAUGAAGAAACAUAAGCUAAGGAAGUUGAGGAAAAGAAUGAAGUUUGUGUGGGCCAAACUGAGACAAAAGCGAGAGUUGAAGAAGGAAAAGGCUUUCCAGGCUGUACUCAUACAUCAAAUCAAAGAAGCUGAACAGUUUUCGGCAGAGAAAUAUGUGCAGGAAAGGAUUGAUAAGUUAAAUGAAAUUGUUGUACCCAGAUUUUGGAAUGGGAGGAGGUUACCAGAGUUUCUUAUUAGAGAAAAAAUGGGAUUACCACCUAAGAAAUGAAGUAGUUUAAGUUUUAUUGAGCUUUGAAUAUACUAUGUUGAUUUGUAGUGGUUUUUCAUUGUUAAUAACCAGUUUGGAUACUGUUAAGAUUUGUCAUUUAUCUUUAUUGACCUGUAACACAAAAAGAAAAUUUAAUAUGUGUGUGUGUGUCUGUGGCAUCUCUGAUGGAUGAACUGAUCAGAGUGAGAUUUAUUUUCAGUGGAUGUCUUGUCUGUUGAGAUGGUUUUUGAUUAGCUAUUUUUGCUGAACAUCAGGUUCAUCUGCUUAAAAUGUAUGGUGGGAUUAAUGUGGGAGUUAGCAACCCACAAUAAACAAAUAUGGCUGUAUGGGGUAUCAGAUGAAAAGGUUUGAUUUGUAGAUUACUAAAUCGGUUUUUUAAUGAAAAUCAGUCAAAUCAUUUAUAAUUCAGACUGAUCUGUAUGCCAUUUACCCCCUCACAAAAAAGCGCCAUCACAAGAUUUACUUGGAGGUUACACAAAUUUUAUAGGCACUGGUUACCUAAUCAAGGUGAAUAUUCAAUACUGUUUGGAACUUCAAUCCUCAAGUAUUUGCCCAACAUAAAAUUACUUUUGUGGAUAUAUAUUUGGCAAUAUGAACUACAACCCAAAAAUGAGAAUAAAAUAUUGUUAAUGUUUAUUUCAGUGUGAAAUAGAAUCACAUAUUUUAUCUGGUAACAGCUGUAAAUGUUCUCAAGAGAUUCGGAUGAUCUUUAAUGAGUUCAAUGAAUGAAUGAAUCCGU